UAGUGAUUCAACAUUUUCUUGCACCUCGCACCGUUCCACCGUUGAAUAAUCAGCACCGAUACGGCGGCUUAACGAGCUGGACCACAACACCGAGCCGACGAAAUCUCCGCGGAUUGAAUAACCAGCGCCGUGUGACACGGGGGACGAGACUAACGUAAUGAAUGAUAUCGUUCGGCCCACUACUCGUCGCAGUGUUGAUUCUGGGAAUCCUCGCGAAAUGUGCUACGAGUCACAAGGCGCACUCUUUUCAGCAUUAUCACGGACCCGUGGAAGGUGAAGGAGUGGAAGUGGUAUGGAAAGACAAACACGGCCAUGAGCAUGUGGACUAUAAAGCCCAUCCGAAAUACGAGUUUGCUUACGGAGUGGAAGACCACCAUACGAAAGACUUUCACGGGCAAAAAGAACACAGAGACGGCAAGGACGUUGCCGGGGAAUAUACACUCCACGAACCCGGCGGCAACGUUAGGACAGUGAAGUAUCACGCCGAUCAUCACGGAGGUUUUCACGCGGUCGUACAUAACAGCGGUGGAAACGAUCAUUCCGGAGGAACCUACGGCGGACACGGACACGGACACGGACACGAGGGCGGAGGGCAUCGUUGAUCGAUAAACGAUCGCUGAACCGCGAUAACGACUCAUCCACUAUACUCUGACGCGUUAAUAAAUUAUUUUUACCACCCACCA